AUGCCACGCUCAGCAGGAGCAGCCCGGCAAAAAGCUCUCGCCCAAAAGAAAGGCAAGAAAGAAGAGGAGCAAAAAGCCAAAGAAGAAGCGGAAGCGCAAAGGAAGGCAGAUUUACAAGCCAAGAAGAAAGCUGCGAAGAAGACCGAGAAGGAUGCGGAUGCGGAUGAUGAGGAAAACGAUGGAGACGCAGGGAAUGAUCCACUUGCGACACCCAAGGGGAAGGGAAAAGGCAAAAAGGCUGCGCCCAAGGGGAAAACGCCCAAGAAAGCCAAGGCUGCUGCUUCCAAGACGGUUGCUACUCCCAAGAAGGCUGCUACUCCCAAAAAGGUUGCUGCUCUCAAGAAGGCACAGAAUGCUACGGACAACGAAGAGGACGAAGAACCGCCUGCCACACCCACAGGAAAGGGAAAGGGUAGAAAGGCUGCAGCUAAGCAGGCUGCUACUCCCAAGAAAGCAGCACCAGCACCCAAGCAAGCAGCAAAGGCACCAGCACCAGCACCAGCACCAGCACCAGGGCCCACAACAACAACCACCAGCCAAAAGGCCAAAACCGUUGCCGGUCUUCCCCAAGGAGGACUGAUGGCUCGCAAGGCUGCCUCCGAUCCCAAGGCCAACCACCGAAAACAACUUGCUGGAAACAAUACCUUUCUCAUUCCUCGAAAGUCAGCACCGAGAACAGGUGGAAAUGGAGAGAGAAAUGAUGGAAAUGUUAGACGUAGUGAUGUGGAGAGGUGGAGGGAAAAUUGGGAGAGACAACAGAACGAGAGGCAGAAGAAGAAAUCGCCGCCUGUCAGGGUUCAGGUUAGCAAUGGAAUGGGAGGAGUGAAGGAGAGGGUGAUGCGCUUUGAUGAAGAUGGUGAUGAUAAUGGUAGGCCUAGGAGAAGUCAGGGAAGGGGUGGGGAGGAAGAAGAGGAAGAAGAGGAAGAAGAGGAAGAAGAGGAAGAAGAGGAAGAAGAGGAAGAAGAGGAAGAAGAGGAAGAAGAGGAAGAAGAGGAAGAAGAGGAAGAAGAAGAUGAUGAUGAUGAGAGGCUUGGAAGGGGUCGGGGGAGAGGUCGGAGAAGGGGGAGGGCUAGGGGAAGGGGUGAAGAUGAAAAUGAGGAACUGGAGGAGGAGGCCCGGUUAUUGGCCGAGAGACAUGCGGCAGAAGCGGCAGAAGCACGAGCCGAGCUAGCAAGAAUGGCGGCAGAGGCAAGAGAGGCGACAGAGGCAGCACGAGCAGCACAGGCAGCAGCAGAGGCGGCAGCCAGAGGUGCAAGAGUGGCGGCAGGCGGCAAUCCCGACGAUGACGGUGAUGGUGACCCUAACAACAAUGACGGUGACGACGACGACAACAACAACGAUGAUGAUGAUGACAACGGCGACGGCGGCGUUGGAGGCCCAUCAGACUCCUUAGACAAUUCACCACCCCAAGCAUAA